CCUAGGAUGGCCUAAGUAGGAGAUGUCAAUCACAUACUACGAAUUCUAUGACGAGCGGUUCACCGAUGCGUGUGGGUCAUUUUCGAGGUCUGUUACGGUCUGUUGUCUAUACCUUGUUUGCUCGGAUUGCAGAAACCGAGCAAAGAUCCGAGUAAUAUCAAGGUACAGGCUGUCCGUUCCUCACAAUCUGCGCACCCCACCCCCAAGAUUAAAAGAGAUACAUCGUUAUCGUAAGUACUUUAAAUUGAUGAUGGGUACCGAGUGACGAUACCUUACAAUUUGUUUCCCAACUCUCACCUCCACUACCAAUGGCUCUAGAGCAUGUUAGCUCCCAGCGGCUGCAUUCAGAAACGAAGGCAGAUGACUCAAUCAAAGUCGAUGUUACCGACGACGUGGAUUUUGUUGCUUAUUACGAGCGGGCUUCUGGCCGUUUAGUAGUGGACCCCGAACAGGCAAAGGUCGAGUUUGGGGAGGUGAUGGCCUCUAGGCUCAAGCUUAGCCCUGAUGGGCUGAAGUGGACCGAUUUCCGCAAGACUGUGCACCUGAUCAUCAUUACAAUGUCUGCAGUGGUACCUGACUUCGACUCUGGAAUUGGAACUGCGUCGAUAUUUAGCCUCGCUCAAACUUAUGACACGACCUCGGGUGUCAUCAAUGAUUUGACAUCAAACUGGAGCAUCUUCCUUUUGGGUUGGGGAGGCAUCUUCUGGGUCAUGCUCAUGAGACGGUAUGGUCGGCUGCCAGUACUCUUCUGGAGUCAGCUUUUUGCGUUUGCAUUCUUGAUUGGUGCCACAUUGGCGCCGAAUCUAGCCACCUUUGCAGGGAUGCGCUGCUUGACCGCAUUCUUUGGGCAGCUUCAACAUUCACCAACCUCCAAGGGUCUUUAUGUCGUGACGGAUAUCUUCCCCUUCCAUCUUCAAGCACGGAAGCUGAACAUCUGGACUUCGGGUUUCGUUCUAUCGCCUUACCUAUCACCAUUUGUAUUUGGCUUUCUUGUAGCGCGUGUGAGCUGGAGAUGGGCCUAUGCUAUAGGAUCUAUUUACAGCGCCGUCGUAUUAUUUCUCAUUGUGUUUUUCAUGGAAGAAACUAUGUAUGAUCGUCACCUUGAUUUGAAGCCACUGCACAUUUCUACGGGACUGCGAUAUCGAUUUAAAACUUUGAUAGGCGUCACUGGGUACAAGAUGGCAAAAUACAGACCACGAUGGCCGGAAGUUAUAUUGGCAUCUUUGGAUGUUGUUUGGCGUCCUCAGUUUUUCUUCAUAGUUCUCUUUGAGGCAUUGGUUUUCGGGUUCUCGAUCGGUGUGAACGGGACAAAUGUUAUCUUCAUGAAAUCUCCUCCUCCCGUCGGAUUUGGCUUCAGCCAAUAUGCCGUCGCUGUCCUUCUUGGCGAGUUCAUUGGACGUUACGUCAAUGAAUUCAUUAUGGAUCUGCAUAUUCGCAAAACGAGCCGCUUGUGGACCUGUUACUUAGCCAUGCCGCUUUAUAUCUGUGGCUUUUUGACGCUGGGUGCUGGGAUACAAAAUCUCAGCGAAGCCGCUCUCAUCAUGGGCUGGGGCAUUGCGAUCGUUGCAAUCACCCUCAACACUGUUGUAGUGUACGCAUAUUGUAAUGACUGCUUCCCUCGUAGGGCGGGCGAAGUCAGUGCCCUGCUAAACCUUACAAGAGCAUUGGGCGGUUUCGGAAUCGCAUAUUUCCAAGUCCCAUGGGCUACAAAAUCUGGAGGAUUGAUGGUGUUUGGUGUUGAAGCAGCGCUUGUGAUUGGCAUGUUUUUCAUCGCCGUUCCUAUGACACAACUGAAGGGAAGCUACUUCCGAGCACGUUAUGCCUUAUAAUUGGCAUUGACUUCAGAACCAGAAGAAUCAUUCAGAGUUAGACAUGUAUGCUUCCUAGUUACUUUGUUAUACAAUCAAGUAUGUACCUGCGAGCGUCUACAAUGCCAUGUUUUGGUGUAUGCAACAAAUUACCUCCAACAUGCCCUUUCGCGACAUCAGUUGCAAUGUAAAACUGUCAAUCUCUAUGAGUUGGCAAUGGCAUGGGCAACCUGUGGGUAUCCACAAG